UAGCACCCCAUUAGAAAUUGGCCAUCUGGAGCAAUAGUGGAUUAAAAAAGCUAUUAUCCGCUUGUAGUGUGUAGUCCUGUUUGUGAGUAUGAAGGGAUUCGUCCUUGCAAACGCCCAUGUUGGGGUGCCAUUAUCACUGUCAUUUCCAGUGGAGCGAUGGCAAGGGCGAGGCCGGAGGCGGCGGGCUACUGUGAAAACAUCAUUAGCAUUCAGACUAGAAGAAAAUGGGUCGUGUAAAGAGGAAGGGAAUGUAUGGUGCAGGACAAUAACGUUGGGAGCAGCGAGGACGUUGGAGGAGGCAGCACAUCACUUGCAAUCCUCUAUUAACCACCUCAAAUCAGCCCCCCCUGCUCAACACUCUGGACUACUACGAAUUGAGGUUCCACUUUUACAAGACAUUAAAGCUUUAGAAUGGCUUCAAUCCCAACCACAAAGUUCUGCAUUGCUUCCACGUUGUUACUUUUCCCCAAGACAAUACCAGGGAAGUAUUGGGGAAUCACUGUCUAAGCAUAUAUCUAAAAGACAGCUGGGCCAACCAUACAAGAAAAUUGUGAAAGGAGUGGCAGGAAUCGGAUCAGCUGUUCUUUUCAAAAGUUCCCAUCCUUUCUCCUUAAAUGAUUGGAAGACCAUAAGAAGGUUUCUUUCAGAGGACUCACCUCUGAUAAGGGCAUAUGGGGUGAUUCGUUUUGAUUCUAGAGCAAAGCCAUCACAGGAGUGGGAAGGUUUUGGCUCUUUCUACUUUGUUAUUCCACAGAUGGAACUAGAUGAGUGUGAAGGAAGUUCGAUUCUAGCAGCAACUAUUGCAUGGGAUCAUUCUCUCUUGUCGACCUUCAACAAAGCAAUAAAUGCACUUGAAUUAACUUUGGGUCAGGUAUCUUCUCGAAUCAGAAUAUCUCCAAACAUGUAUCAUUUAACGGUGAUAAACAAGGGAAAUACUCCAGAUGAAAAGUCAUGGAAUGCUGUUGUGCAAAAGGCCUUGAACAUGAUAGAAUCAAGUAGUGCCAGAGACUGGAAAUGUUCUCGGCAAGGCAACUCCUCAUUUUUUGAUAUGAGAAGUCUAAGAAAGGUCAUUCUUGCUAGGAGGUCAAAGAUUGAAAUCGAUGCGAACAUUGAUCCUUUGGAAUUGGUAGCCUGUCUUCAGUUCAUGAAUUUAAAGAGAAAUUAUUUUCAAGUUUAUGUGCAACUUUCUUAUAGGGUGAUUAUGAAGCAGGAAACUAAUCAAAAUUCAUAUCAAUUCUGUUUUGAGCUGCCUAAUCUAUCAGCAUUUAUUGGAAGCACGCCAGAGAGACUCUUUUAUAGAAGUGGAAGUGAUGUUUCUAGUGAAGCUGUUGCUGGAACCCGUGCACGCGGGCGUACAAUCGAAGAGGACUUACAGAUUGGACUAGAUUUGCUGCACAGCUUUAAAGAUCAGUACGAGUUUGACAUAGUUAAGGAAACUAUCAAACAUCAGAUGGAGACUGUUUGUGAACGUGUCAUCAUGGAGUCUAGAAAAUGCCUUAUCAAGCAGGCAAGGGUACAACAUUUAUGUGCCCGUUUCAUAGGUGAACUGAAGAAGGAAACUGAUGAUAUUGGUCUGCUUUCUUUACUUCAUCCAACUCCAGCAGUUUGCGGAUAUCCACGAGAAUCUGCACUUGAUUUUAUUAGUCAGAAUGAAAUGUUUGAUCGAGGAAUGUAUGCUGGACCUGUGGGUUGGUUUGGGGGAAAUGAGACUGAAUUUGCUGUGGGAAUCAGAUCAGCAUUAAUACAACAGAACAACUCAAUUUCUUCUCCAGGUAGCAUGUUCCCUAAGGGUACAUGCUUAUAUCUCUAUGCAGGGGCUGGAAUAGUAAAUGGUUCGAUGCCAUCUUCUGAGUGGCAGGAACUUAACUUGAAGGCAAGCCAGUUUGAAGCCCUAAUUCACCCUGGCCAUGCCAUGAACUCAUUCAAUAUCAAUGCCGUGCGGACAUCUCUUAUGGUUGAUAAAUGAUGCUGUUCUGCUCGUAAAUACCUGCGUGGAGAUUCCUGUCCUUAAGGUAGCUGCUGCAUAGGUCUUAGAUGAUGCUGGCCUUCUUGUUGGAUAUGGAAGACUACCCAAUACGCUGGAUGACAUAUUGGCAACAUAUGGAUGGCGAUCUCAAUUCUUUUUCCACAUAUAAGUUGAUUCUUGUAAUUUUUUAAGCAUUAGGCAGUGAAACAAAUUGAUGUUCAAUGUGAAUAAUGGCCUGGAAGCUCUUAAGCUCAUUCAGUUUAACAAUAUGUGUCCUACAAAUGUACAAGUAGAUUAAAUUGGCUGAACAUCAACAGCAUUUGAUUCUUUAUUAGGAAUUGCUUGUAAUUUCAUGUCUCGAAAAUAUUCAUCCAAUCAAAGCCCAAAUUUAGAAGCUGCUUU